AUCAGAUGACGUAUAAUAUAAAGCGACAAUCUAGCGGUAACGGAAUCUCUGGAGGUUUCUUGCUAGGUUGUCGCUUGGAAAUAUCUCUAAUAAUUUUAGGGGAUGAGUAAAACUUCUUUUAAAUUAGUCAGAUAAUUUUUGAAUCUGUGAGUUUGGCAUGGAAGUAAAAGUAAAAUAAAACGAACAUGGAUGUAAACCUAGAACAUGCAUUGAAGAAUGACUGCAAAACCUUGCUUAGCAGAUUCCAGCAAACGGAAUCUGUCCGAUAUGAAGAAUUUUCAACCGUCUGGAGAGACAUGAAGUUUUCCACUAUAUUCUAUGGAAAACUGCAACCAACUGAGAUGCGAUGCUUUACCAAAGAAGUGCUUUCAAUUGCCACCUAUUACUUCUUUCCACCUUACAGUUUUCAAAUCAGAGUUGGUGGACUGUAUUUAUUGUAUGGACUUUAUCACUCUCAACUCUGUGACCCAAAGGAAAAGAUACGCAUUGCCCUCAAAGACUGGGAAGAAGUGGUUAAGUUCCAGCAUGAUAUUGUUAAUGCUCAGCACUAUGACACGGCUUAUGUCCUGAAGAAGAUGUUUUCUGCCAAAGCAUUUUAUUUCACCGCGAUGCCUAGGCUUUUGUACUACAGAACAAAGCAGAAAGUAAACAAGCAUGCAGUGUGUGAGGAUUUCCGAGAGAGGACAUGGAAAAUAAAUUCACUUGUUACAGAAGAUAGCUUAGAGGAAAUUCUUAAUGUACAUGAGCAUUACCAGAAGAUGAAGUGCGCCAUCUCUAGAGAUAAAACGCAGCCUGACAGAAUCCUCCGUCUCCUCACUGAAGAUUUUCCACAGGAGCUUCAGAAUACCAUUUCCUCAUUCAACAGAUGGCUAGACGAACAGAAGAAAAAAUCAACAGAAAAGAGACCCAGAGAAAAACAACAAGAAGAUGAUGGUGAAUGUGAAGAUAUGUCUCGUGAGACUGAGGCAUCUGCACGAGCACGUAUGUUAGCAAACAUUAAAUCCAGAUCUUUCAGUAAUGUGGCUGAGGCCUCCAAAUCACGAAGACAUCGACAGGCAGAACUAGGGUCAUCAGAAUCAGGCUCGGACCAUGGAGUGCAACGAAAGAGCAGUACGAAAAGGAAGAGUUUAGCAUGCAGAACAAAACUAGCUCAAAAGAAAUCUGGUGUGAAGCAGGAGGUUGGUAUGGAAACUGCUGGUCAGCGUUUUAGCAUGCCUGUGAUAUCAGAGGAGAGUGAUGAGGAGAGAGCAGUUAACAGGCCCCCAAAAAAGAAGAGGCUUUCUUGAAAGCACUACAAAGAAAGGAGAGCUCUUUAAACCUUACAGAACAUUACUAGAGCUACAUUUUAUUGGUUAAUAUUUUGCAUUGUAAGCAGUUUGUAUUAACAGAGUGCCAUAAUUGUACAUGUUUUUUCUUCUGAUGCAUUUCCAAGUAUCAUAUUUUGUACAUUUUCCAAAAUUAUGUAUUCAUUGUUAAUGUUUAUUUGUUAGUCAUUUUUUUUACUGACAUUUGUGUUCCUUGAGUAAAAAAAAAAAAAAGUCAAAUAUUAAAUUUCUACAGAAAUGGUAAAAAGUGUUCAUCCUUAACAUUAAGGAAAUAAGAGCACUGGCAAAAAUAAUUCAAAUAUGCUGAAGUGGAUAAUGUGUUAGACAUGUAGAAGACUUGGUUUGGGUAAUAGCAGAGUAAAACAAUCCCUACAACACACAAAGAGGUACUGUGCACAAAAUUAUUAACUGUACAGUAUAUUCUAUUAAUAAAUACUAUAAAUGAUAUGUUAAACACCAGUGUUAUAAUAAUAAUACAUUUCAUGGCUGGUUCCAAUAAUUGUAUUUGUACAGUAUUUUCCUGCAAUUUCUAAUAUUUUAUCAAGUGUUAUACAGUAAUGUUUUUCUGUGACACUGUACAUUAUCAGAACUUCCUUUAUGUCUGCAAAUAAACAGAUUACACACA